AUGGUGGUGGUGAUGGCGAUGGCUGUAAUGAAGAUGACGCCAGGCAACAUGAGUGGCCCUCAACUCCUGACCCUCCUUGGCCCCAGCGAGCUGACAGACUUUGCAUCUUCUGGGGCUUGUGAGUUCUUGCUUCCUGAAGAACCAUCUCCCCAGUGGCGGGUGGCUGACACCUUACAGUCACGGUCACGGUGGACGGCCUCCCGGACCGUCCUGGGGUUCCAGUCCUCCAACCAGGGCCAGCUCCCGUGCUGUGACAGCGCUCAGGAAGCCUGGGACCCGCUCAGAGUCUUACCCACGUUUCUCAUCACCACCUGCUUCUGUUGGCCGCUGGGAAACCUCCGUGCGCUGUCCGUCUUUCUCUUGGCCCGAUGGCGUCGGAACGCCGCAGAAAUCUACCUGGUCAACCUGGCGGCUUCCGGCCUGGUGGUCGUCUUGGGCUGGCCCUUCUGGGCAGAGAACAUUUGGAAGGAAUUCAACUGGCCUUUCGGAGCCCUCCUCUGCCGCGUGGCCGACGGCGUCACGCAGGCCAGUCUCUUCAUCCGUAUCUUCCCGGUGGUGGCCAUCAGCCAGGACCGCUACUGCGUGCUGGGGUACCCCAUGGUCAGCUGGAGGCGGCGGCGGCGGUGGCGGGCUCAGGCCCCCUGCGUGCUCAUCUGGGCCGUGGGGGGCCUCCUAAGUAUCCCCACGUUCCUGCUGCGCUCUGUCGAAGCUGUCCCGGAACUGAACAUCUCUGCCUGUGUGCUGCUGUACCCCCACGAGGCCUGGCCCCUUGCAAGGAUGGUGGAGUUAAAUGUGCUGGGGUUUCUCCUUCCACUGGCUGCAAUUGUCUUCUUCAACUAUCACAUCCUGGCAGCCCUGCGAGGGCGGGGGGAGGUCAGCAAGACGAGGCGCGGGGGGCCCACGGGCGGCAAGGCCAUGGCCCCGAUCGUCAUGCGCGGGGCUACCUUCCUGCUCUGCCGGACCCCCUACCACUUCUUUGCCUUCCUGGAAUUCCUGGUCCAGGUGUGGGCUGUCGGAGGCUGCUUCUGGAAGAAUUUCACCGACCUGGGCCUGCAAUGGGCCAACUUCUCUGCUUUCAUCAACAGCUGCCUGAAUCCAGUGAUUUAUGUCUUUGGGGGCCGGCUUUUCAGGACCAGGGUCUGGGAACUUUAUAAACGAAGCAUCCCUAGAUGA